AUGCCAGCAUAUCUAUUUCAGAAAGACUUUUUCCUUUCGUUCGUCUUUGAUUCGUUUACACAAAAAUUUAUUUCUGUUUCCAAACGUUUCUCUUCGUUCGUUUAUUUUUUUAAAUUUUUUCUUUCUAUCUUCAUUUUUGAUUCUUUGUUUUUUUCCCUGUUGUUAAUUCUUUUCCUUUUGCUGCAUUGUUAUCUUUUCAGUAUUUUUUCUUUUCUUUCUUCUUCUUCUUCUUCAUCUUCUUCUUCUUUUCUUCUUCUUCUCCUCCUUUUUCUUGUUCUUGUUCGUCUUUUUCUUCUUCUUCUUCAUCGGAAAUAUAUGUAUUUAUUUCUUCUUCUUCUUCUUCUUCUUUUGAUUUCUUUCUUUCUUUCUUCGGCUAUCUACAAAUCUCUUUACAAAUGCGAAGAGCGUGAAAAAUAUCUAUCUAUCUUUCUAUCUAUCUAUCUAUCUAUCUAUCUAUCUAUCUAUCCGCCGUAG